AUGCUCAAGGUCGGCGAGAGAACAGCUGUACAGCUACCCUUCAAGUGCCAAUCUCUGCAGGACACAUACGCUUUCGUAUCAACAUUUCGCAAGGCGAAGGAGAAGCAGAGGAACCGGACACUGGAGGUGCCAGUGCCAGCACAGAUGUAUGUCGCCCACCAAGGCCACCGGGAGGAGUGGAGCUUGAUCUUCGACCUGCCCCUUUACCAAGACCAGCGCCAGAACCACUGGAUUGGAUCCGAGGGAUAUGCAAGGGUACAGAGACCAGAGCAUCAGGCUCACGAAGGUCAGAAACUGGUGGGGAAGGCCGAGCUUCAGGGUCGAGAAGAUCACAGUCGAGAAGCAGAAGGCAGGGACAGUUUCGACAGAGAUGAGCAUAUUGCGAAUAUAAAUCCACAGGAUAUUGGGAUUAUGCAGCAAGGGAUGCUCAGAGUGUUGGCAAUGCUGAUGAUAGAAUGCAGCCAAUUGCUGAUGCGUCAUCCUUUCUUUCAGCCACCUCAUGAACGAGACAAUGACGAUAACCUCCUUAUGCAGACCUCCAUGCUUAAGAAAGAAGAGAAAAGAAAAGACAACUUCGAGGAGGAAGUGCUGGACAUGGCAAACGAGGAGAACACCGUUCGGGCAGAGCGAGAAGCCAGGGACAAACAACAAGAGGAGGAGGAAGCCUGGCAGGAGAAAUGUAUUUUUGAGGAGGACGAAGCUGCAUGGAAGCAGUGGGAAUCUCACCAGGCUCAACGAUACAGGGAAUGGGAGCAAUGGGCUGUCCUCAACUCGGUGCCAGGAGAAGGCACGAAGAAGAGAUUAAGGGUUACAACACAACGAAAUGGACACCUGCAACAAACAGAUAUGGAAGUUGCAGUGGGUUCGGAAGUGUCUAUUUACCUGGGCCCUUUGAUCCCAAGCUCUGCCUCUCAGAGUUCAUGGGAAGCACCCAACCUCGAUGUGGACACGAUCCUCAACAACAUGUAUGACUUAUGGAAGAAAGGCAAGAUCGGCGACGACAUAGUCAUAUCUUUGGCAGGGAUCGAUGUGUUAGGGCUUUACAAUGCGCAGCUGCACAAGGAGGUGGAAACAAUGGAUACAGUGCAGGAUCAAGACAAAGAUUCUUCAGGGUCUACAAAAUGA